GGCUCCGGCGCUCCUUUCCUAGGUCCGCGGUCCGAGGCAUCUCUGGCGAAAGUGCGGCGGUGUCUGCGGGGAGCUGCAGCAAUGGCCUCUGUGUUGUCCUACGAAAGUCUGGUCCACGCCGUGGCUGGAGCUGUGGGAAGCGUGACAGCAAUGACAGUGUUUUUUCCGUUGGAUACAGCUAGACUUCGACUUCAGGUUGAUGAGAAAAGAAAGUCCAAAACUACACACAUGGUGCUCCUGGAGAUCAUUAAAGAAGAAGGCCUCUUGGCACCAUAUCGAGGGUGGUUUCCAGUUAUUUCCAGUCUCUGCUGCUCCAACUUUGUCUAUUUCUACACUUUUAAUAGCCUCAAAGCAGUCUGGGUCAAAGGUCAACAUUCUACUACUGGAAAAGAUCUGGUAAUUGGAUUUAUUGCAGGAGUGGUGAACGUGUUGCUGACGACUCCACUCUGGGUUGUAAACACCAGACUGAAGCUCCAAGGGGCAAAAUUUAGGAAUGAAGACAUUGUACCAACCAACUACAAAAGUAUUGUUGAUGCUUUUCACCAGAUCAUUCGAGAUGAAGGAAUCUUGGCUUUAUGGAAUGGCACAUUUCCCUCCUUGCUGCUGGUCUUCAAUCCUGCUAUCCAGUUCAUGUUCUAUGAAGGUUUAAAGCGCCAGCUUUUAAAGAAACGAAUGAAGCUUUCUUCUUUGGAUGUGUUCAUCAUUGGUGCAGUAGCCAAAGCAAUUGCCACAACGGUCACCUAUCCCAUGCAGACGGUACAAUCAAUCCUGAGGUUUGGACGCCACAGACUAAACCCAGAAAACAGAACAUUGGGGAGUCUUCGGAAUGUUCUCUAUCUUCUUCAUCAACGAGUAAGGCGUUUUGGAAUAAUAGGACUCUACAAAGGCCUCGAAGCCAAACUGCUGCAGACAGUCCUCACUGCUGCUCUCAUGUUCCUUGUUUAUGAGAAACUGACGGCUGCUACCUUCACAGUCAUGGGGCUGAAGAGUGCACGCAGGCGCUGAGCUGCCUUACACUAAAAAGUGCAGAGGAUGCUCGAGACAGGGGGUUUCCUUCUGAGCAGAGAGAAGUGAUUCUCCUUUUAUUCUGUCUCCUUCUACCAUAGAUUUUACCCUCAUUGGCUUGAAAAGCACCUGAGGGUAAGCAGGGAGUACAGCCAGUUGGACCUAUUGCCUGCCAACGUAAUUUUUAUGAUGGAUGGUUGGAUUUGGGGAUGAAGGUUGGACUAAUAUGAAAAGAAAAUAUUAAAAACCGAAAAGUGAAAGUUUGUGGGGUUUUAUUAGUUGUCUUAAAGGGAAUAGACUAUUGCUUUCAUGUAUUAUCUUUCAAUUUAAAGUUUUUCUUCAAUUUACAAGCUGUUCUCUUUCCCUCAACUCUCCCCCAGGUUGCAGGACAAAUUUAAUAACAUGUAAUUCUCUUCAGGUACUUUUGUAUGUCUUAAUCUUGGUAUUUUCUUCACUAAAAAUAAUAUGACUGUGCCAUGGGCAUGACUUUAUUUUUGUUGGGCUUUUUUCCUCCUGCUUAAGGGGAGGUAUCUUCUUUAGUACAUGAGCUAUUUAUUUUGUGGAGGAAAUGAAAAUUAUUAAUCCCAAAUGAUUCUCUUAUAAACUAUUUGUAAACGUCACUCAUUCAUUACUGUUUGAUGUAAGUUUUUAAAUAUUUAUUUUGAAUCAACUCUUUUACUACAUAGAGUGCUUGCAGUUUUAUGUCUAUCCAUACAAGCCCCAAUCAGUCAAGCCCCAAUAAA